AUGUCGGAUCCACACGACUAUAACGUCUCAUCGUCGUCAACAGCAGGCUCUUCCACACUUCCAACCGGCUCUUACGAGCGUCAUUCGGACCAGAGACAACACAGCCAACGACCAACGGAUCCAGAGAUUCGAGUGCAAGAUACCGAUGCAGACGACACCUUGAACAGCUCCGAGGACGCGCCAUCGACUCACCCUACCGCCGAGGCUCCUGCCCCUUCCACAUCCACCAUUGCAUCGCGUCGUGCUGGACGAGUCCAUUGGGAUGGCACUUCCAACGCUGCCAGCUUACGUCGAGGCGGUCAGCUUCAGAUUCGCACAGGCGGUGCUUUGGCAGGCCCGACCGUCACCGUUCGAGGAGGCGCUCCUGCAAAGCCAGAUAGCGGCAACGCUCUUAGCCUUGGUUCAGUGCGCCGUAAUCACCACCCAGGGCCACUCAACAUCGCUGAGCGCCUCACACCCAAGAACGAGAACCAGCCACCCUCACCCCCGCCUGAGGUUCAAGAGCUCGCCGCUGAUAAUGCCACAACCGCUGCAGCAGCACAGAUCCCUUCCCUCUCCUUAACCGGAGCCAAGGGUCUCGACGAGCAAGGCCUUGAUAACCGCGCCUUCCUCGAACUACAGCGUGAACUGCAACGUCACGAAGCUAGAAGCGACGAUAGUAGCUGGCAGGGUGUUAAUGAUGCUGCUGGCCGAGAUCGCCUCGCUGACAUCUUUAUGGAUCGCGAGCGAGACCGUCAGCAGCGCAGGCGACGACAGCAGCGAGCAGCAGGCCUCGCAACAGGCGCAGAAACGCCUGCCACCAAAGUUGAUGGCAGUGGUCUAAGUACGCCGGGCUCCGCGACGAGCGAGAGCAGCUACGACCCUGCCAACGACUCUGAUCUCGACUAUCUUGACCUUGUACCGGGCGAGACCGACGGCAUGCCUUCUCGUAUCAGGAAGUCGAAGCGCAAACAACAACAACAACAACAACAACAACAACAACAGCAGCAGCAAGAAGAAAAUGCCGAGGCUCAAUCCAAGGGCUGGGCCAAGCUUCGUGGCAUCUUUGGCAAGCCGCCCGUCGACGAAGAGGACAAGGAGGAGAAGGGCGAAAUCAAGCAGGAUGUUGUCGAACCCCAGGAUGGUCGAUCACACGACCAAGGUGGACCCACCAACUGGAAGUCUGUCCCAGUCGAGACCUCAAGUGGUCUUCAUACCGGAGAAGGUCCUCGCCGCAGACCCACCCAGUUUGAACGUGAAGCAGCACGACUCGUCAAACAGCACAAGCUCGCCCAGCAGCGCCAAGAGGCACUAGAACGCAUCAGCCGCUCGCACAUGCCAGACACUGGUGCUUCCACUCCUGAUCCCAUGGAGACCACCAUGAACCUCGAUGCUCGACCUGUCGCUUCAGGUGGUGUUCUCGGCAACCUUCUGCGUCUCUAUGAACAGCAACAGCGUGAUCUCUCCUCCAAGAGCGCCGCCACCAGUUCCAUCGCCAGUACCACCGAGCUCGAGAUGAACACCGACAGCAUGCUGCUUGUUCGCACUCCCGAGGCUGUCCGCGCUAAGCUCGAUUCGCCCGGCUUCCAAAAGAAGAUGGAGCGAUACGAGAAGCGUCGUGGCAUGUCUUUGCAGUCGAUCAGCUUGCCCAGCCCCAAGCUCACCCAAACAUUCGCCAAAGUCGGUAACGCUACCUUCAACGCAUCUACCAAGGUAGUGCGAGGUGUAGCCAACGAGACUGGUAUCGAGGGUGCUCUCGAUGAGCGACCCAAGGCAGCAAGGAGUGGUGCAGGUGUCUUUGGUGCCCUGGUCGCAACGACAGGCAACCUUGUCGGUGCCGUCUCACCACAGCAUGCUCAGCUUGGUCCUAACCCGAAGCGACCUGGCUUCUCCCUCGAUCGAUACUUGCUUCCCGAGAUGAACGCAAAGACACUCAAGCGUACUGCUCAGAUUGUUGCAGAUGCAGCUCCAGCACCCUAUCGUCCAAGCAACGUCGCUUCGCCCUUGGCAUCCCGAUCUCACUCCCUUCCAACCAGUCCGGAUGCCGGUGAACGUGACAGCUCGACGCAAGCCAACUCGCCAACUGCUUCUGGUUAUGCCACGCCACACAAGAAGAGACCAAGCUCCAUCAUUCAUUUCCCUUCGCGCACCAUAACCGGUGGCAGCUCUACCGAUGGCCAAGCUGGUCCUCGUAAGCGUCAUCUCUUGCCAGGCGCCAUGACUCGAGCCUGGACCCACUCGAACCUCAACACUCCCGAUGUCAACUCUGCACUCGGACCUGAUUACUUUGGUCCCGAAGCCGAGAAGAUGCAUUCCGAGUAUCACAAGCAGGAGUGGCAGCGCAAACUCAAGAAGCGCGCCAAAGACAAGAAGCGCAAGGAAGAAAUCUUUAUCACGAUGCACGUCGCAGCCAUCUUGCAACGUCAACAGUUCAUCUUGAAGCUUGCCCGUGCACUCAUGAUGUUCGGUGCUCCGACACAUCGUAUCGAGACACAGAUCCAGCAGACAGGUCGAGUGCUCGAGAUCAACUGUCGUUGCAUCUACCUUCCCAACUUGAUGCUGAUCGCUUUCGGCGAUGACGCUACCCAUACUUCAGAGACUAAGUUCAUCAAGCAGACCUCGGCGCUCGACUUGACCAAGCUGACCGACAUGCACAUGAUCUACUGGAAUGUCAUUCAUGACAAGAUCGGUGUCGAAGAAGCGUCCAACCAGCUGGACGAGCUGAUGCGACGCAAACCGCUGAUCGGACGAUGGCCCAUGGUUUUGGUCGGUGGCUUUGCCUCUGCUUUCAUCUGCGUCGGUCCACAGGGUUUCAACGGGUCCUUUAUCGAUGCGCUCAUGGCCUUCCCGCUCGGUGCUUUCUUGGUAUACUGUCAGUCGAUCAUCACUACUGAGCUGUACAGCAACGUCUUUGAGAUCGUCUUUGCCACACUCAACUCAUUUGUAGCCGCAGCCGUUCAGAGCUCGGGCUACUUCUGCUACUCUUCCGUCGUCUCUGGAUCGAUCGUGCUCAUUCUACCCGGUUUCAUCGUCUUGAGCGGUUCGCUGGAGCUGCAGUCGAAGAACUUGAUAGCGGGUUCGGUGCGGCUGGUCUACGCAAUCAUCUACUCGCUCUUCCUCGGCUUUGGUAUUUCGAUUGGUGUCUCCUUCUGGCAGCUCUUCUCCGGCAACAUCUCGACAGAAGCAUUCAACAGCUGCGGCGCACGGCAUGUGGCAGACAGGUGGUGGCAAUCUGACGUACCCGAGAUCUGGGCCAUCCUUACAGCUCCUGCAUACUCGGUCUGUCUUGCACUCCGCAAUCAGGCCAAGGUCACACGUAAGGAAUUCCCAGUCAUGGUCCUCAUUGCUUGCGGUGGUUGGGCAUGCAACCACUUUGCCGCGAAAGCCACUGCACUGUCAAGGAGACAAGAUGUCACCGCAGCUCUCGGAUCGCUGGCAGUUGGUAUCAUGGCGAACCUCUACGGUCGAUUCUUUGAUGGUAGAAGCUUCGUCGUCUCCGUUCCUGGUAUAUUGUAUCAGCUGCCCAGUGGUCUUUCGAAUGGUGGUGGAUUGUUGAACUUUGCUAGCAGCCAAGACUCGAGUGCAGCGUUCGCAUCUGGAUUCCAGGUGGCGCAGUCGUUGGUUGAGGUAGCGUUGGGCUUGACGGUGGGUCUGUUCGCAAGCACCGUGCUGUCGUACUUGCUGGGCGGUAGGAAGGUCAGGAACGGUGGAGGACUGUUCAGUUUCUAA